UUUCCGGGAAGCUGCAGAAAAAACGACUGGAAAGAUGGCAUCGAAAACAACAGGACCGCCUGGCAGAGGUGGCGGCGGCGGGGGUGGAGGUAGAGGUAGAGGAGGAGGCGGUGUUGCUGCCGGUGGAAGCGGAGGAGGCAGAGGCGGUGGUGCUGGUGGAAGCGGAGGAGGCAGAGGCGGUGGUACUGGUGGAAGCGGUGGUGGGGGAAGCUUAACGUCAAGCCUAUCCGCAGCUGGUGCGGCAUCAGCCAUGACCGGGACGCUCAAAAAGAAGAAGAAGCCCUUUCUGGGCAUGCCAGCACCACUGGGAUACGUACCGGGGCUCGGCAGAGGUGCUACUGGUUUCACCACACGUUCUGAUAUCGGUCCUGCCCGAGAUGCCAAUGACCCGGUGGACGAUCGCCAUGCUCCUCCAGGGAAGAGGACCGUGGGGGAUCAGAUGAAGAAGGUGGAGGAUGAAGAGGAGGAUCUCAAUGACACCAACUAUGAUGAGUUUAAUGGCUAUGCUGGUAGCUUGUUUUCAAGUGGGCCGUAUGAAAAAGAUGACGAAGAGGCAGAUGCUAUUUAUUCAGCGCUUGAUAAGAGAAUGGAUGAAAGGAGAAAGGAAAGAAGGGAACUGAGAGAGAAGGAGGAAAUCGAGAAGUACCGUAUGGAGCGUCCCAAAAUUCAACAGCAGUUUUCCGAUCUGAAGAGGAAGCUGGCCGAGGUCACCGAGGAAGAGUGGCUCAGUAUUCCUGAAGUUGGCGAUGCCCGAAACAAGCGGCAGAGGAACCCACGCCAUGAAAAACUGACUCCUGUACCGGACAGCUUCUUCGCCAAACACUUGCAGUCUGGAGAAAAAAACACGUCUGUAGAUCCGAGGCAAACGCAAUUUGAUAGUUUGAACGCUUUCCCUGGUGGUUUGAGUUCUCCUUUUCCGGGGGGAAUGACCCCUGGACUGAUGACCCCAGGGACAGGGGAGCUGGACAUGAGGAAGAUCGGCCAGGCCAGGAACACCUUGAUGGACAUGCGGCUCAGUCAGGUGUCUGAUUCUGUGAGCGGACAGACAGUUGUGGACCCUAAGGGUUACUUGACUGAUCUGAACUCUAUGAUCCCAACUCACGGAGGGGAUAUUAAUGAUAUUAAGAAGGCCAGGCUGCUGCUGAAGUCUGUGCGUGAAACGAACCCGCACCACCCCCCUGCCUGGAUCGCCUCGGCUCGACUGGAGGAGGUCACAGGCAAGCUGCAGGUCGCCAGGAACCUCAUUAUGAAGGGCACGGAGAUGUGCCCAAAGAGUGAAGACGUGUGGCUGGAAGCAGCCCGUUUGCAGCCUGGGGACACUGCGAAGGCUGUGGUGGCUCAGGCUGUCCGGCACCUGCCUCAGUCUGUCCGGAUUUACAUCCGAGCAGCCGAGCUCGAGACAGACAUCCGGGCCAAGAAACGUGUCCUCCGGAAAGCCCUCGAGAAUGUUUCUAAGUCGGUGCUUCUCUGGAAAGCGGCUGUUGAACUGGAGGAGCCUGAAGAUGCCAGGAUUAUGCUCAGCAGGGCUGUAGAGUGCUGUCCAACCAGUGUUGAGCUUUGGUUGGCCCUCGCCAGACUGGAGACCUAUGAGAACGCCAGGAGGGUGUUGAACAAAGCUCGUGAAAACAUUCCCACUGACCGUCAUAUCUGGAUCACUGCCGCCAAGCUGGAAGAAGCCAAUGGUAACACUCAGAUGGUGGAGAAGAUCAUUGACAGAGCGAUCACCUCUCUCCGGGCCAACGGAGUCGAAAUCAACAGGGAACAGUGGAUUCAGGAUGCAGAGGAGUGCGAUAAGGCUGGCAGCGUGGUAACUUGCCAGGCUGUCAUCAAAGCCGUGAUCGGCAUCGGGAUUGAAGAGGAGGACUGUAAGCACACAUGGAUGGAAGAUGCAGAAAGUUGCAUUUCCCAUGGUGCCCUGGAGUGCGCACGAGCCAUUUAUGCCCACGCUCUGCAGGUCUUCCCCAGCAAAAAGAGUGUGUGGCUGAGAGCAGCAUACUUUGAGAAGAACCACGGAACCAGGGAGUCUUUAGAGGCACUGUUACAGAGGGCUGUGGCUCACUGCCCGAAGGCUGAGGUCCUGUGGCUGAUGGGUGCAAAGUCGAAGUGGCAAGCAGGUGAUGUCCCUGCAGCCAGAAGUAUUUUGGCACUGGCUUUUCAGGCAAAUCCGAACAGCGAGGAAAUUUGGUUGGCUGCUGUGAAGCUUGAGUCUGAAAACAAUGAAUAUGAAAGAGCAAGAAGGCUUUUGGCAAAAGCCAGAAGCAGCGCCCCCACUGCAAGGGUGUUUAUGAAGUCUGUGAAGCUAGAGUGGGUGUUGGGAAAUAUCGCUGCAGCCCAGGAUCUUUGCUGUGAGGCUUUGAAACAUUAUGAAGACUUCCCUAAGCUGUGGAUGAUGAAGGGGCAGAUCGAGGAGCAGACUGAAAACAUGGACAAGGCUCGAGAGGCUUACAACCAGGGGCUGAAGAAGUGCCCACAGUCCAUGCCUCUCUGGCUGCUGCUGUCCAGCCUGGAAGAGAAAGCCGGGCAGCUUACCAGAGCCAGAGCCAUCCUGGAGAAAUCUCGUCUGAAAAACCCCCAGAACCCAGAGCUCUGGCUGGAGUCUGUAAGGCUGGAAUACAAAGCCGGUCUCAAGAACAUUGCGAACACACUGAUGGCCAAGGCACUCCAAGAAUGUCCCAACUCUGGAAUACUUUGGGCUGAAGCAGUUUUCCUUGAAGCUAGACCACAAAGAAAGACCAAGAGUGUAGAUGCUUUAAAGAAAUGUGAACAUGAUCCACAUGUCUUACUGGCAGUUGCAAAGUUGUUCUGGAGUGAACGAAAGAUAACCAAAGCCAGAGAGUGGUUUCACAGGACAGUUAAAAUUGAACCCGAUUUGGGAGAUGCCUGGGCUUUCUUCUACAAGUUUGAAUUGCAACAUGGAACUGAGGAGCAGCAGGGGGAGGUGAUGAAGCGCUGUGAGAAUGUGGAGCCGCGGCACGGGGAGCUAUGGUGUGAGCAGUCCAAGCACAUCCUCAACUGGCAGAAGAAGAUCGGAGAGAUCCUUGUCCUCGUGGCUGCAAAAAUCAAGAACACAUUCUGAACAGCACGCUAAACAUAAAUUAUUUUUAUACUUAUUUACCCCUGCACAGCUAAGAUAGAGCAUGCUCAGGCUUUAAAGGUAAUGAGAGUUGUAGGUUUGUUUUUCGUGUGUUUUUCAUAGUGUAAACCAUGUUUCCACGUCAACCCCCCCUACCCUAAAUAUAAGUGGCAAUUCAUUUUGGAUUAAAAAAAUAAAAAAUAAAUGCUAUUUCCCAAAUGUGUGCCUUUUUUGUGUGUAAUCCAGCACAUUGCUUUUCUGUUUUAUAUUUAAGGUCAGUUCAUUUACUGGUGGCCAUGAACAGAAAUGUGAUUAAAAAAGAACACACAUUUUUAGCUUUGUUCUGUAUAGUUAAGAUUCAUAUAAAAUGAAAAUAUACAAAUUCAUUGCUACAGUAUUCUGUUUGGAACUAAAGAUGUAUACAAUUCUUAAUUGGGUCCUGUACGAAAAUAUCUUUUUACAUAAACAAGCUUGUUGCUUAUCUCAUUGUAUUUAUUUAUUUGUUUUUUUUAAGUAUUGCUAACCUGUAAGUUUCAAUUGUGUCCAACUUUGGUAAAUGUUAACAAACUCGGCUGUCAACACGUUCUGCUUUAUAUGCGGCUAUAGAAAUAAGGGUAUUAGUCUGAAGAAAUUCAGUGGAGUGUAAAAUUGGACUUGGUUUCUGGACACUGCAGCUUUAAGAUCAGAAAGUGCUUACAGUGUAAAAUAAUACAUAUCAUUAAUGUACAGGUGAAGUUUGCUUUUUCUCAUAUGUACAUAAACACAAUAUUUAUGAACUGCAGCUCAUCAAACUAUUGUCUGAGAAUUGGUUCACUUUGCCAUAAAAAUAACAAUGACAAUAAAUAAAAAUGCCUGCCUUCAAUUAUUUUCUGGCAGAGUUUCUUAGUGUUUCGCAUGUUUGUCUUCAAAUUGAUCUCAAAUGCCAAAGGAUAUAAAUCCCUUGAUGUUUUACAAGGAUGUAAAAGAAAAGAUGUUUUAUGAGGGAUAAGGGAUAAGAACCUCCUGUUAAAUAAAAAGAGAAACUGGGACCAGUAAUGUAAAGGAGGUUGGCGUUCCAUGUUACUUUAGGCUACGAUGGUCCAAGAGUAGUGCUGAUUGGGGUUUGUGAAAUCUGCCAUUAAUCCUAUCAACACCCUAAAGGCUUGAGCUCUCUGUGUUGUGUACAAUACGUCGUUCGAGAAAUUAAAAAAAAUUCCACUGGACUAGAAGUCUUGCUCAAUGUCAGGAGACAUUUUCUCUGUUAGAAGACUGCGAGGAAGUCUUUGUUGAAUGUUUGUCAUAGAAGUUGUUCCGUUUCUUUCAGUAUUUCUAAAAUGAGUACGAAUGGUGGUUUAACAGUUAAAAAUGACGCAGUGCUGGUUUGCCAACCAGAUUUAGAUUAUUCUGCUGUUCAAAGCAAUUUAAAAUAGCAAGGUGGAGGUAAAAUCUUCCUCCAGAAGAUUCAACCAGAAACGUGUUGUAGAAUUCCAGUAGAUUACGGUAUUUAAAAAGAACCCUAAAGAAGCAUAGCUGGACCCAUCAAACCUAAAUGGAUAAAAUGUCAGGAUUGCAAACUAUGCAUGGUGAUUGAUCGCGGAAGUUUGCAGAACUUGAUCAGACUAGAACUGCGCGAAGAGAAGCCCACCACCGGCAGCAAGGGGCGAGGUGAGAAAGCUGAGACCCUGCUUUGAAUUACAACAGUAUGGCACAGAGUUGUGCGCUGGAGUUCCUUCUACACACAUUCCGGCUUUCGGUAAAUCUGUUGGAAUACUCCACACCUCACUCAGAGAAAACUCGGUGCUGUCUUAAAAUGCGGGAUAUGUAGCCUAUGUGUAAGGAGUUUGAUGCAGACAGUAGGCGUCUGAAAGAAACGUUUGACCAUGAGCGACCACUGCUGCUGUGACUGCGUACCAAAUGGGAUUCACGAAUCUGAGGAUCAUCCGAUAGGCAAUGAUAAAUGUUUGUCCCCAGGCCUGCGAUCUGCAUCUUCUUAUUGGUAACAGCGUUGUAUCCGCAAAGCUCUGACAGCAAGAACAAGUGCAACAUUUCAGAGAUCCUCAAAGAUUACAAAGUGGUCAUCUUCCAGGACAUCAAGAGCCUGAAUCUCACAGGGCUUGAAUCUCCAAACAAAAACAGGAAUCUGGGAAAUUCUUGCCAGUCUGAUAAGGAAUACAAGAUUCUGCAAUCAAUAUACAAAAUUACCCUUUUACUGAAGUGUCAAGUCAGAGUAAACAAAAUGAAUGACAUCAAAGAAGCUGUACAUAAAACAACCAUGCAAAUUGAAUCUGCAAUCAGCCAGCACUGCAAGAAAAUGAAUAAG